GAAAUUUAAAAUACAUAAAACCGCCAGUUCGUCUGUGAUCUCCGUGUCUACAUAAUACAUAACCAAUUAUACAUAACAUUAACAUAGUGUAAUAUAAAAUAAAAUUGCUUUUUUUGUACGUUGAUGGGUUAUAUUGUUUAGUGAUAUUUAUUUUAUAUUUAUGAACUCGAUCUCAAUAUGAGCUCCAGUUGCAAGCCGACGCCUCCGUUGAAGCAAAUUGACUUGGAUCAGAUAUGGGGCGAUCUACGAGAAGGAAUCGAGAAGGUGUACAAGAGAGAGCACAUAGUGAAGAAGAGAUAUAUACAUCUGUAUACUCACGUAUACAAUUAUUGCACGUCGGUACACCAGCAGAGUAACAGCGGCCCUAUCCGGCCCGCACCCACCAACGGCGGCAGGAACACCUAUGGCGGCAAGAAACCGAGCGGUCAGGUGCAAGGCGGCGCACAACUGGUCGGCCUGGAGCUUUAUAAAAGACUUAGGGAGUUCCUCAGGGUCUACCUCAUCAACUUGCUUAAGAAUGGCGCCGAUCUUAUGGGCGAGGACGUUUUAGCGUUCUACACGAAGCAAUGGGAAGAGUACCAGUUCUCAUCACGGGUGCUCAACGGAGUGUGCUCUUACCUUAACAGGCACUGGGUCAAGCGCGAGUGCGAAGAAGGGCGUAAGGGAAUUUAUGAGAUCUACCAAUUGGCGUUGGUGACAUGGCGUGACAAUCUGUUCAAAUGCUUGAACAAGCAAGUCACCAAUGCUGUGCUCAAGUUGAUCGAAAGGGAGCGGAACGGGGAGACCAUUAACACACGUCUUGUGUCGGGGGUAAUUGACUGCUACGUAGCCCUAGGCCUGAACGAGGAAGACCCGAGUGCCCGAGGCCAGAAUCUCGCCGUCUACAAAGACACUUUCGAGGCUGUCUUCCUCGAAGACACGGAAAGAUUCUACACAAGAGAGAGCACUGACUUUUUGAGGAAUAAUCCUGUCACCGAAUACAUGAUCAAGGCCGAGCAACGGUUACAAGAAGAAAAUCGUCGCGUACAAGUGUACCUGCACGAGACGACAAUGGAGCGUUUGGCAAAGACCUGCGACCGUGUAUUGAUCGAGAAACAUCUGGAGAUCUUCCACGCUGAGUUCCAAAAACUUCUUGACAGCGAGAAGAAUGCCGAUCUUGGUCGCAUGUACAGCCUCGUAGCGCGCAUUCCAGACGGACUGUGCGAGCUCCGGCGGCUUUUAGAGCACCACAUCCACGCACAGGGCCUGCAGGCCAUUGACAAGUGCGGGGACAGCGCUCAUACUGAUCCAAAGGUGUAUGUUUCGACAAUCCUGGAGGUGCACAAGAAAUAUAACGCGCUGGUAAUGGUAGCUUUCAACAACGACUCUGGCUUUGUUGCUGCAUUGGACAAGGCCUGCGGAAGAUUCAUUAACAGCAAUGCGGUGACAAAAGCGGCAAACUCAUCAUCCAAGAGUCCGGAGCUGUUGGCUAAGUACUGCGACCUGCUGCUCAAGAAGUCCAGCAAGAACCCCGAGGAGGCUGAGCUUGAAGACACUCUCAACCAAGUGAUGGUGGUAUUCAAAUACAUCGAGGACAAGGAUGUGUUCCAGAAGUUUUAUUCGAAGAUGCUUGCCAAACGGCUGGUGCAGCACAUGUCCGCUAGUGAUGACGCCGAGGCCUCCAUGAUCUCAAAACUUAAACAAGCAUGUGGAUUCGAAUACACCAGCAAACUUCAAAGGAUGUUCCAGGACAUUGGCGUAUCCAAAGACCUGAACGAGAACUUCCGCAAGCACAUGUCGAAUAGCUCCGAACAGCCUCUUCAUAUCGACUUCAGCAUCCAGGUGUUAUCAUCAGGCUCUUGGCCUUUCCAGCAGUCCUCCAGCUUCCAGCUGCCUACAGAGUUGGAACGAUCAGUACACCGGUUCACGGCAUUCUACUCGUCGCAGCACUCCGGCCGCAAACUUAAUUGGCUUUACAACAUGAGCAAAGGGGAACUUGUCACCAACUGCUUCAAAAACAGGUACUUUUAA